CUCGAGGGAGACGCCGCGCCAGACCCGAAAGGGGCAGGAGCGUCCCCAUCCCCCAGAGUUUUCGCCAUGACCCGGCCCUUGGAGGAGGCCCUUCGCCAGCACUUCACAUGCAAGAAGCUGGAGAUGGCCUAUGCCAUACACAAGCCGUUCCCCUUUGUCGAAAGCCUGCUGGACAACGGCUUCAUCACUGAGAGCUUGUACAGGGAGUCUCUGGAAGCCUGUAGAAAUCUGGUCCCUGUGUCCAAAGUGAUCUACAACAUUCUCGCCAAACUGGAGAAGACGUUUAGCGCGUCAGUCCUGGAGACGGUGUUCUGCUCGCUGCACCUGUACGAGUACCCUAACCUGGCGGUGCCUCUCAGGAGCUUCAGAAACGUGGUCAGUUCCCACGGAGGCUGGAGCAGACCCACAGCCGUCCUCAGCCUGGAUGACGCCGCAGAAGGGAGCUCCCGCCAGCCCAGGCUGCUGCCACUGCCCCCUCCCCAGAACCCCUCUUCCAGCCUCAACCCCCAGUCCUUGGCCACCGUCACUGGGCCUGCAGUAGCCAAGCCGCACAGCGCUGAGGCCUGGGCUGAGCAGCCCGGCCCCGCCCUUCCGGCCGCAGAUCACCCUGGAAUCCACCGGGAUGAGAGGCUCACCCCAGACAACCUCACGUCCCAAGUGAAUGAUGGAGACUCCCCAGAGAAGCCCAGCACGCCCCCUGACACCGUGCAAGUGUCCAGUGACAAACCAGCCCCCCCCAUGACAGAUGCAGAAGAUGCAGUGGAGAUGCCCACCACGGCCCCCACAAGCCCUGUGCCAAUGAUAAGAGAAGAUUCUCCUGAACCACAUGAGUCAAAAGAGCCCCAAGAGGUGCCCCCCAAAACUCACAAGAAAGGGAAGAAGAAGAAAAGAAGUCCUUGUUCAAGUUCAAGAAAGAGGCGCCAGAAAACAAGCCUCCCAAGAGGGGCAGCCUCACCUGGCCACAGAAGCCAAGAGCAGCGCGUCGUAGGGGCCCAGGCGACCCCCAGGCAGGACGACUCGGCCGGGCAGCCGCGGGUGGUGACCAGGGCCCAGGCCAGGAGGCAGGGCACCCCGUCUGGCCCAGAAGACCUUGCCGAUCAUGGCAGUAAAGUGUCUUUGGGUCAGGCUCCUGGGAAAAAGCAAAAGAAGAGAAAACGCUGCAUCUGGUCAAGUUCCAAAAGGAGACAGAAAAAAAGGCUCCCACGAGCCUCACUUGGCCACGGAAGCCACGAGAACCACCAAGUGGGGUCUCGGGCAACUUCCAGAAAGGAUGACUCAGCCAGGGAGCUGCGGGUGGCGAGGAGGACCCGGAAGGCCGGGAGCCAGGGUGCCCCCAGGCCUGGCCCGGAAGAAAAACCUGAAGAUAAAAGCGAGGACUUCCACUCUCCAAUACUUCCCGUCACCUGUGGGGGCGUGAAGGGGGUUUUAUACAAGGAGAAAAUGAAGCAAGGAUCCUCAGCGAAAUGCAUUCAGAAUGAGAGGGGUGUGUGGUUCACACCGCAGGAAUUUGAAAUCGAAGGAAACCUGGCAAAGUCAAAGAAAUGGAAGCAGAGUGUUCGGUGCCGAGGAAAGACGCUUGGACAGCUGCUGAAGAAAGGACUUCUACAUUGUCCUCCAAGAAUAAUUCCCAAGAGAGAGGCGAACCGCAGGUGAACUUCUCAGACUUCCGUGCCAGGGUCUCCCUGGGGUCUAGGAGUCCCCAGCCCGUCACACGCUGGCGCUGUGUCUCCGUUACCGCUGGGUUAGGGCUGCGUGGCUUCUGCAGCUAAUUGACUCUCUAAGGUUUAGGGCAAGCUUAGUAUGGGUCCGUGUUUCGAAAAAGAUCUGGCUAAUUGGAGGGUUACAAGCCAAAUGUGUCAGAAAUAAAGUGUUCCAGUAAGCAAGAAUGGGCCGGGAGCUCCCACCGGUCAGCCCGUCGAGUGCGCUGAUGGUCCACACAAACCCAAGCACAAGCACCAGAAGGCCGGGAGGGAAGAUGCCCUCAGCUGAGCCAGCUCUGCAGCGCCUCGCCCCACCCAGGCAGCCCCAGGGGGGACCCUCCACCUCCUUGUUUAAACAUCCCCUCCAGACAGACACGAAGCCUCUUCCUGAGCUCCCCACCCUCUAAUGACAUCCAGGAGAGGGGGGCCCCGAAGCUGGCCUGCCCCUCGGUAGAUUUAUUCAAAGUUUAUAAGGUC